UCUACCUUGACUUAAUAUGCUUCGGAACACAAUAUUUAUCUUGCUUUGAAUUCUUUACUAUUUUAUGUCGUACGUAGAUCCGGAAAGCUGUUGUUCGUCAUUGUUUAGAUAUGGCGGCCACCGACAGUAUUCGGGUAGUGGAUGAUGACUAUGUUAAGAGAAUUCAUAGUAGAACAACAUCAGGCCAUUUACACAAGGGACAUGGCAUUGUGGCAGCAACAGCAUCAAUACCUAGUAAAUACCAAACAAUCGUGACAGACAAUAGUGACAAGAAAGGAUUCAGUGCCCAAGCAAAGCGUUUCCGAUCAGACUAUGCCAUGACAGAUGCACCAGGUCCUGGCAAUUAUGUAAAACACACUUCUAUAGAAAACAACAGUGUUUCAUUCUCCAAGAGAGGGACAGGAGGAUUCGCAUCAAAGUCUAAGAAAGGAUUAAAGUAUCUGGGUACUUGUGCCCCUGGCCCUGGGGUCUAUGGUCUGCCAAGCAUGCUUAGGACUCAGAAUGAUUUUAAUCGAUCAGAAGUAGGAAGAUUGUUCCAGAGACCAAUUGCACACUCAACAGAACCACAGAAAAAAGAAAAACGUCCUGCACCGAAUCAGUAUGAGGUAAUAAAGGCACAAAUUGGAAAGACCAACAAUGUAACUGCUGAUGCUGCUUUUAAGUCAAAGAGCAAACGAGAACUUAUCACAAUAAAAGACAUCGCCAAUAACCCUGCUCCAGGGCAGUAUUCUGUAAAAGAUCACCUUCUGCAUGAGAAUGUUAAAAUCCCAUUCUCAAGUUUUAAAUCAAGAUCAAAACGACAAAUGCAACCAGAUCCUGCCCCUGUUCCUGGCCCUGGUGCAUAUAAACCAAAUGAAGCUGUUGAUCCAGCUAAAAAACAACUUUUCCCGAGGAAGCAUUAUCUAUGUAUAUCAGCCCCUGCCAUGCCUUUACCAGAUACCCCACCACAGCCGGGGCCCGCUAAUUAUGAUGUGGUUGAUUACGAGGGUCCACCCAAACAUUACAUGUCUAGUUCAGCCUUCGUUUCCACGACCAGUCGAUGGACAGGAAACCAAACAGCUGGAGAUUUACCUGGUCCAGCUCACUAUCGUCCUGUGGAGACGGGUAAGCAGUCCUUUAUAUACAACGCUGCAGGGAAAUGGAUAUAAUACUGGAAAGAAAUUUAGGCUUCUUAAAAAUGUGAGUGAAUACAGAAAAAGAACAGUAUUAAAAAUAUUCCACAAACAACAAUUCAGUGAAACUUCAAGAUGUAAUAAACAGUUUAGAAAUGAGACAAGACAGUAGAAGUUAUCCAAUAAUCCCUCUGCUGUCUGGUAAAUGGUCUGUUGUCAAAUGCAGCUCUGGACAUCAUUCCAGGAGAAUUAAUGAAUUAACAGUUUGUUGGAUCAACCUCUAAAGAAAUCCAUCAGUUUUGUGUAAACAGUCACUCUAAAUGCAGAGAUCUUUUACAUGUCCUCAGCCUAGGUUUCCUCAGCUGCCAUUGUAUGUUACUAUAGGGUCUUUCAUAGGCCACAUAAGCGGCAAAUGCUUGUAUUGAUUUUCUUUUGGUCCUCCUGGUUAAAAAUCUAUUUUCUUUGAUGAAAAUAUUUCUGAAAGCUGGUUUUGUUCUUGUUUUGUGUAUGAUUUUAUAUAAUAUUGUAUUUUAAGUUGAAUCUAUGUUACUCUCAAAUUUUAAGAUAUUUCAUGGAAAAAAAAUUUUUAAGUAUAAUUUUCCUCUAUGGCUAAAAAUUCUGGCACUAGUUUAUUUACAAUACUUGAGAGACAAUAUAGAUAUAAAUACUUAUUGCUGUCAAAUAUAUUUAAAUUGAUCUUUAAAGUGCUCAUAUUUUAGAAAUGUGCCUUUUUGAAAGCCUUAAUUCAAAGAUC